GUCAAGCAGGUUGCGCUUCCUGUUAGCUUACAGCAUAGGCGGUUGAACUCAUGGGAGGAAUCAAACAAGAGCAGAAUGAGUCCCUGCAGCGGGCUAAAAGUUCACAGUCACUGGAUCACUUACAGGACGAGCCAAAGAAGAGAGGUUGGCCAAAGGGAAAGAAAAGAAAGAAGGUGCUCCCAAAUGGUCCCAAGGCUCCAGUAACUGGAUAUGUCCGGUUCCUGAAUGAGCGACGGGAACACAUGCGGGCCCGAUACCCUGACUUGACGUUUCCAGAAAUCACCAAGAGGCUUGGAGCAGAGUGGACACGAUUAGCUCCAAGUGACAAACAGCGCUACCUGGACGAGGCAGAACGGGAAAAGAUGCAGUAUGCCCAGGAACUGAAAGAGUACCAACAGACUGAGGCCUAUCAGAUCACCACUUCCAAGAUACAAGACAAAAGAUUUAAAAAAGAGGAUACAUCGGCUGCCUUCAUCAAUCCUGCGACAACAGGAACAACUUUGCCCAAGGUUCCUGACUUGUCAAGUAGAUUUGACAUCCCGAUAUUCACUGAGGAGUUCCUAGAUCAAACAAAGGUAACUCGAGAGGCUGAGCUCCGACGUCUCCGUAAGGCCAACAUUGAGUUUGAAGAGCAGAACACGAUGCUGCAGAGGCACAUAAAGGACAUGCACAAUGCUAAAGAGCGCCUAGAGGCAGAACUAGGGCAGGACGAGCUGCGUACCCAGGCUCUUCACAAACACUUACUGGCCAUUAAGCACACAUUGGUCAACAGUCUGUCAUCUGUCCCUCUGCCAGAUACGGGUGAGACUGCAUCUCUUGGAAACCUGGACUUGUACCUGAGUCGUCUGAAUGGUUUCCUGGAGGACAACCCUCUUAAGCACCGUGCUCUGCUCACACAGCUACGAGAUGUCCUGUCUCAUAUUGACAGUGAGAAGUUAUAAGAAGUCCUAAUUCAGCGAUGCCUUUAUUCCUGUGUCAAGUGGGAAAUAUCAGACAUUCAGCAGAGUGUGCUGACACCUGGACAGUGAAAUACCAUACUGUAGACGCAUCAGAGUCCACAGUGUCGUUAACGUGCAUUCUUCUAUAUGAAUGUGUAUUUGUACUCUUGUUUGUAUUUGUAAAUGUGACUUAGUUUUAGAUGGUUCAUUAGAUAAAGGGGUCGUAUUAUUCAAAGGCAGUUUUUACUCAGCUUCUCAUGUAGUUUGACUUUGAUGUUAAAUAUCCCCAAAGUCACAAAUUCUUUCAUCUGUGCACGUGAAGGCUUAUAAUGGAAACAAAUCAUGGACCUGCGUCAGCGUUUUAAAAAUUGUUUUAUUUCUGACUGUCACAGACAAAUGUAUCUCGACUCCUGCUUGUUGUAUGAGAUAACUCUGACCUCGGUUUGUAUGUGCACACAGCUGGUGUGAAGCAGAGGGAGGGGUGCGCUCUUUGAAGGGAGAAUGAGCGUGUAACAUUUGCUUUUCUUUUGUUGUAGAUUUUUCAUUUUGGAUGUAGUUUUGGUUUCUUUGGGGUAUGUUUUGUUUAUAAACUGUAAUAUUCUUCAUUAGCAACAUUAUUAAUUUUAGCUUACUGUAAAUGUGGAUAAUAUGACCUCUUUUAGCAUUGCAGUAAAUUUCUGUAAGUGUAAUUUGCGUUUUACAUCGUGAAUUGCUUUAUGCGGAUUUGGCUUGUUUCUGUUACGUAGUACGUAUUGGCCCAUAUCAAGCCUGAACAUGAGUUUACAAUAAAUCUCAUUUGGCGUUUAGUGUGUGGGGAUGGUGUUAGUAUAGUGUAAAAUCCUCAAAAACUGGAAGCAGGCUAGGAGAUAAAUGCUGUACAUAUAAAAUUGCGUUGGAAAUUGGAAGAGCAAUGUUGCAUGUUUUUGGUGUAGUCUGUAUUUGUGCUGUCUAUUCAUAUUAGAUUUUUUUUUUCAAUGUUCAUAAAACUAUUCUGUUAA